AUGGCAGCGGCGGCCGGCGGCGAGAGGUGGAGCCUGGCCGGCGCCACAGCGCUGGUCACUGGACGUAGCAAGGGGAUCGGACACGCCAUCGUGGAGGAGCUGGCCGGGUUCGGCGCACGGGUGCGCACGUGCGCCCGCAGCGCGGCGGACCUGGAGGAGUGCCGCCGGCGGUGGGCCGAGAAGGGGCUCCGCGUCACCGUCUCGGUCUGCGACGUCGCCGUGCGCACCGGCCGGGAGAAGCUCAUGGACACGGUCAAGGCGACCUUCGACGGCAAGCUCGAUAUCCUGGUGAACAACGCGGCGCUGCUGAUGCUCAAGCCACCGGCGGAGUACACGGCGGAGGACUACUCACGGAUCAUGGCGACCAACCUGGAGUCGUGUUUCCACCUCAGCCAGCUCGGGCAUCCGCUCCUCCGGAAUGCCUCCGUCGCCGGCGGGGGAAGUGUCGUCCACAUCUCCUCCAUCGCGAGCUUCGUGGCCUUCCAACAGGAAGUGCUCUACAGCGUCACCAAAGAUCCCUGCUUCUAUGGGCCAGAUCCGUGCUUUUGGGGACUGGAUCUAUGGUGUGCGGCCCGGCAACGCGACUCCCAGCCGGCUGUGGCUCCACGGGGGUGGCGGUGCGUGCGCGCGUCGUACAACGUCCUGGUCCGCAGCUCCGUGCGCAAGCUGCGGCUGCUGGCCAGGGAGGGGCUCGGGUGCAGGUACACCUUGGCCACUGGGUGUCCCAAGGAGCGCCGUCCGCCGGUUCCUCGCCGUGGGGCUCCUGCUCGUCGUCGCAGCGUCUGCUGCGUCACGGGCCUGCUCCUGCAGCAGCCCUGA